AUGAGUCAAUUUGCUACUGUUUUAGACCAAGGAGACCUUCAGGACUUACCUGUGUCCACAAACAGGUUCACAUGGGUUAAUAAACACUUAGUUGGUGAUUUUAUCCAAGAGCUUUUGGACCAUUUUUGUGCUAAUCGUAGCUGGAGGGCACUAUAUCCGCUAUCUAAGUGUUAUAAUCUGGAGUUUAGACACUCAGAUCAUAGACCUAUUCAGGUAGUUCUUCAUGAUGUAAUAGGGAAAUGGAGGAAAGUCCAAAGGAGGCGUGGGAGAUUCCAUUUUGAAGAAAUAUGGGCUAUAGAGGACGAAUGCAGUAAGGUUGUGGAGGAUGCCUGGGGUAGUAUUGGAGGAUGGGGUAAAGAGAAAUUUGGGGACAUAGGUCGGGCAAUAAAAGAAGUCUCUUCUAAAUUACAUGAGCUACGUAAAGAUGCUGCUUAUCAGAAUAAUGUUAGUGCUAUUAUUGCGCUAGAAAGGAAGCUCGAGCAGCUCUAUGAGAGAGAAGAGAUUCAUUGGAAGCAGAGGGCUCGAACUAAUUUGAUGGCACAUGGAGAUAGAAACACAAAAUACUUUCAUGCCAGAGCGUCCGAAAGGAGGAAACAUAAUACAAUUGGGGGUUGGAGGAUGUGA